AUGAAUUCAACUGAAUUGGUAGCAACCGGCAUGGUUGAACAAGUUUGGUUCAAUUUCGUCGACAACUUUGACGAAGACAAUUUAAUUAGUUGGGGAACCUUUUUCGCCCAUCAAUUCUUUUAUUUCCUUGCAUACGUCCCAUUCUUUUUGUGUGACUUUAUCCCAUAUUUCAAAAAGUAUAAGAUCCAACCAAACAAAGAAAAUGAUUUCAAAUUACAACUUAAUUGUGUAUUAAAGGUUGUAGGUACUCAUGUUUUCGUUCAAUUACCAAUGAUGAUUCUUUUCCACCCAGGUAUUAAAUUGAUUGGGUUAAAGGCCAAGGCACCCAUUCCAUCGCUGGGCUAUUUGAUCAUCACGCUCAUUGGUUCCUACUUGAUUGAAGAUUUCUACUUUUAUUUCAUUCACCGUCUUUUACAUCACGGCAAGUGGUACAAGUACAUUCACAAGAUCCAUCACGACCAUCAAGCUCCAUUUGGUAUCUCUGCCGAGUAUGCCCAUCCACUCGAGACCCUUCUUCUCGGUGUCGGUACCUGUUUUGGUCCAUUUAUCUUUUCCAGAGAUCUCUUUACCUUGUGGGUCUGGUUGGCCUUCCGUCUCUUCCAAACCGUAGAAUGUCACUCUGGAUACGACUUCCCAUGGGCUCCAACCAAAUGGAUCCCAUUCUGGGGAGGUGCUCACUUCCAUGACUUCCAUCACGAGACCUUUGUCGGAAACUAUUCUUCCACCUUUACCUACCUCGACCAAAUUUUCGGAACAUCGGACAAGUACUAUGCACGUCUCGCAAAACAACAAGAAGAAGCAACAAAGGUUAAAAUUUAA